CGAAAACGUGACGGAGGACGGCCACUUCCGGUACUUAGCUUCGUCCAAUGAUUGAGAGCUGUAGCGGCCGAACUACAUCUCCCAUCAUACAUUGGUGUGCGCAGAUGUCACGUGGACUAAAGGAUUGUGGUGACAUUGUCGGCAGUCGAUCUUCAAAAACCUUUAAGCCAAAAAAGAGUAUUCCGGAGGGCUCCCAUCAGUACGAGUUACUAAAACAUGCAGAAGCCACUCUGGGUAGUGGAAAUCUGCGCAUGGCUGUCAUGCUGCCAGAGGGAGAAGAUCUCAAUGAGUGGGUGGCUGUGAACACUGUGGAUUUUUUCAACCAGAUCAAUAUGUUAUAUGGAACCAUAACAGAUUUCUGUACAGAGGAAAGUUGCCCAGUUAUGUCUGCUGGUCCAAAGUAUGAAUACCACUGGGCAGAUGGAACAAAUAUAAAGAAGCCUAUAAAAUGCUCUGCUCCUAAAUAUAUUGAUUAUCUAAUGACUUGGGUACAAGACCAGCUUGAUGAUGAAACACUUUUCCCCUCAAAAAUAGGUGUUCCCUUUCCGAAGAACUUUAUGUCUGUUGCCAAAAUUAUAUUAAAGCGACUUUUUCGAGUCUAUGCCCAUAUCUAUCACCAGCACUUUGACUCAGUGAUCCAGUUGCAGGAAGAGGCACAUCUUAACACGUCAUUCAAGCACUUUAUAUUUUUUGUUCAGGAGUUCAACUUAAUUGACAGAAGAGAACAAGCUCCUCUACAGGAAUUAAUUGAAAAACUGACAUCCAAGGACAGAUAAGAUCCAAGCCUCAAGUGCACAGAUGCCUUUCAUUCAGCAAGCUUUGUUUUAUCAUUUCUGUUCCAUUUAUAACAGCCAAAACCUAUUUGACUUUAAUUUUUUUGCGUGUGUGCUUACAGAGGGAAUGUGAUGUAACUAUUUUCUUGCCUUCUAGUGAUUCCAGUUGAUUGUAUUUUACAUAAGCCGUUUCAGAGGAGAAGGAAUCUGUUGUACCCCUGUAAUACUUUGCACACCCUUUACUGCACUGAUGAGGUUGUUAUGUAUAAUGUGCCUAAUUUAACUACGCCUCAAUUUCUACUCAACCACUAAAGAUAAUGUACAUUAUUACAUGAAUGCUUGCUGAUUUCUGAGCUAGUGUAGUAAGCGGCCAAAUGGAACACAAGAACUGAUGUGUAGGAUGUAUGGCCGUGCCCAUAUAAAUCAGUGUAAACCAGACACUGUACACAUUUUCAUGUUCUGUAUGUGUCCAAAAUAGACUCUUUUAAACAGGAAAAAAGUGAUUUUUCCUAUUGCGUUUUUGAUUCACAGUCACUGGAACUAAUGUAUGUAUAUUUCCGACACAAGGCAGCAUUUUCACAUCGAUCUCGAUGCUUGCACAGGUUUCAAUAAUGUAUGCCUUAAGCUAACGCUGAUCCUACAGCUAACAAGGAAGAGUUGAAUCCUGCAUUUUUUGUGGUUUGGCAUGGUCACAAGAAGCAGGUAACCAGUAAUAGGAAUGUAAUUAUAACUUUAUAAAAGUGGACAUACAGCAAAUACUUUAAUUUGUAUAGCAAUAUUUGGAAAAGCUUAGGCUUAUGAAUGUGGAUUAAAAAUAGUUGAGAAACAGUUGACCAAGUGCCAGGAAAUGAAGUCUAUGGCAACAUGUCAAAGAAACCAAUAGGUUAGGCCAAUAGGUGGACUUAACUAUCAAGGGCUUCUGUACAUGUCUGAACACUACUUUGGUGAACUUACACAGACUUAUAGGGGUCAUCUACUGUAAAGCAUACUAGGAUGGAGGAUAGACACUUAUUGGCUGUGCAUCAUCAUUAUCUAAAACAAAAUAAAAAUGAAUUCUUCAGAAUCUAUAGUGUCAAUGGUCUCUCCAAGAUACUAAGACUCAAGCCGAAAUGUGAGCAGUUGUUUCCAAUGAGCAUAUCACUAGAAAGCCUAGAGUAUCAAUAAAGCUAAAGUCAAAGAGCUUUAGCAGUUUAAUAGUUAAAGACCACUUGUGUGAAUAGCUAUUAUCACAUGUCAACCAUCGCUGCUGAUCGAUAUCCUUAAAGGGGUAUUCCAGGCAAAAACAUUUAUAUAUAUCUAUAUAUAUAUAUAUAUAU